AUGGCAUCAGGUGGUAAUGGCGAUCUAAAAGAAGCUUUUGAUAAAUAUUCAAAAUUCGGUAAAACUGAAGCACAAGUUAAAGAAAAAGAUCUUCGUAUUGAAUCAAAAAAUAUACAAAAAAUGAUGAAAGAUGGUGGUGUUGUUGAUAGUAAGUAUACAACACAAUUACUUGAUAAUGAUAUUGCUCGUGUACUUGGCAAGCUUACAACUGGUGGAACUUAUGCAAAAGGCGUUAAAACAUUUGAAUUACAAGGUUUCAAACAACUUAUUGAUCAAGUAGCUGACUCAAAAAAGACAUCAUCUGAUCAAAUUAUUUCACAAAUUAGUUCGACAGGUGGUCCAAGUUUAGCUAAUGUUACGACUACAGCAAAUAAGAAUAUAACCGGUCGUAUGACUGAUACUAGUCAUUAUACAGGUUCACACAAAGAACGUUUUGAUAGCGAAGGUCAUGGAAAAGGGAAAGAAGGUCGGGCUGAUGAAGCGAAAAACACUGGCUAUGUUGGAAAUUAUAAAGGACAAGGAACAUAUGAUAAGAAAUAA